UGAACAAGGCGCUGACUUAGUUUAUUUCAUUCAUCAAGUCUCGAAGGUUGUGUAUCAGUCGGCGAAAACGAGCGGCGCGUGCGCACGCUCAAAAUGAUCUCUAUCGCUGUGAUUCUAACGAUCGCUUUCGCGGUAGUCACGGCCGAUCAAAAUUCAAAUGAAACUCAUAUAGAUCAACAAGUUAUUAAACGUUUGUCUACAAUAUUAAAUUCGAGUAACGUUGAUCUGCGGGAUAUACAAAGAUUAAACCUUACAGCUCAAAACAUAGGUUUAGAUAAAGAUUUUAUAGAGAAAUUGUCUGGUUCAUUUCAAGAAUUUAGGGAAGGGAAGAAAAUUGAUUCUGGUUACAACGUGUAUGAAGAUGGAAAGGGGGAUUCGUCUAGAGUCAAUCUCAUUGCUGAAUCUCCUGAUUACGCCUCCUCGGUGGUACUGGCUAGUGACUUACUAUCCCUAACUAGUGCUGUGGCAAAUGUAAAAGAAAAAGUUUGUAGAGAACAGGGCUACCGGUUCCUCGAUGGACUUCUGCUGAACAAGAGAUGGGCUUUAAAAAUGUUCGACGCAUCAGCCAAGUCUCCACAAGGUCUUCUGUUCGGUUCUUCUUACCAUCUCGGUAAUUUCGAUGAAUGUGUAGGGAUCGACGAGCCAGGAGAAGGUCUGACCGUGGAAGGUCAAUAUUGUCUGGCUACUAUCAAGUGGAGGCAGUCAGAGGAAGCGAAAAAGAUAAGAACUGGUCGCGGCGAGACUCUUCGUUGGGCUGUAUGCGUUCCGAGCGCUUGUGAUGCAAAAGCUGUGGCUGGCUUUGUAGGAGAUGUGUUGUCUCAUACAGUCGGAAAUUCAACUGGAGUGGAAGUUACCGAGAGGGAUUGUUACACACGGAAACCUAUAUCUGUUACGAAACUUGAUAUCGCUUUCCUUGGCAUACUAUUUUUCUUUGGUUUGCUGUGUCUGUUUACAACGUCGUAUGAAUUAUACAUUAUGAAGUAUCCACGGAAGAAAAACAGUCCUGUCCAGGAUCUGAUAAUUGCUUUUUCCUUGAUAAACAAUAUGAAAAAGAUUCUAUCAACAAAACAAAAUAAUAGCUUGGGGCUAGAAUGUAUUAACGGCAUCAAAGCGUUAGCUAUGAUCUUUAUUAUAGCGGGACACGCCUGUCUUUUUAUUGGCAGUGGACCCGUUAUGGACGCUGAAGCUUGGGACAGACUGAUCCGAGAUCCAAUAAAUGCCUUCAUGUUAAACAACACGCUCCUUGUCGAUACAUUCUUGUUUCUCAGUGCAUUUCUCUUCAGCCGAUUGCUCCUUAUUGAGUUAGAUAAGCGCAGAGGAAGGCUUAAUGUCCUCCCCAUAUUAAUAUUUCGCUAUGUCAGAGUAACUCCAGCCUACCUCAUUAUUAUACUAUUUUAUAUGACUUGGUUACCAAAGAUCGGUGAAGGUCCGUUAUGGGAAGGAAGGUUGCAGCUGGAACAAGAACGUUGUAUGGAAGUUUGGUGGGCCAAUAUACUAUAUAUCAACAAUUAUAUUAAUACCGAUAAAUUGUGUAUGUUCCAGUCAUGGUAUUUGGCAGUAGACACACAGCUUUUCUUUGUCGCACCCAUAUUUAUCUACAGCCUGUGGCACUGGAGACGAUUUGGAGCCAUAUUUACGUCGGCGGCGACUUUCAUAUCCCUCGUCAUCCCAUCUGUCAUCACAUAUAAAGAACGGCUGGAUCCCACUUUGUUGUUUUAUGCAAAAGAAUUCACGGAUUUUGCCACCAAUAAUUAUUUUGUGGGCGCUUAUAUAAGAACGCACAUGAAGAUGACGCCAUAUUUCAUGGGAAUAAUAACAGGGUAUAUGUUACAUAGAAUUCAGUUGGAAAAAUACCAGUUUUCAACGCUUCUCAAAACUCUUGGAUGGACAAUAAGUAUAAUACUUGGUACAGUGACAACGCUCUCUGUCAGUCUAUUCUACCAGGACUGGUAUCAGUACAGCGAGCUUGAAGCCGCUGCAUACAUAUCACUCCACAAAUUUGCAUGGAGUAUAGCCAAUGGCUGGCUGGUUGUUGCUUGCGCAUCUGGUAACGGAGGUGUUCUCGGCAAACUUUUGAAUUGGAAGUUCUUGGUGCCUAUUGCUAGAUUAACAUUCUGCGCGUAUCUCGUCAAUGGUAUAGUUGAGUUAUACUAUGUCGGCCAGUUGCGACACCCUCUUCACAUAACAUUCUUUACUGUGGCGGCGAACGCGAUAUCUCACAUAGUGCUCACAUUCUUUCUUGCUUUAAUACUCUGUAUUAUAUUCGAGUCUCCCUUACAUGGAAUAGAAAAGAUUCUCCUCAGAAUGUUUGCUCGUCCCGUAUUAAGUGACAAUGCCACGCCACCCGAAUUACGUGAAACAUCACGGAAUACUAGUCAAACAACAUUGGAUAAUUAAGUGAAUAGUCUAGCUCUUUAAAUUAGCGCUAAAUGCUGCGGCUAAAAUGUAAAUAUAUAUUUAAGACUACAUGUUGUAGGUGAUAAGUGUGUUAGUGCAAUUUUAGUAGCUAAAAAAGAAUAUUAAAAAUGAUGGACGGUCCAUGGUUAGCAAGCAUAUGACUUUGUAGACCAAUAUUGACGAAGUUGAAAUACCACGAGCGCUUCAAGUACUUGCAUUCUGUGCAAAUAUUUUGAGAGGAAAUUACGACUUAUUGAAGGUUCAGCUUAACGUUCCUUCAUACUCAUAUAUCACUUAUUGUUUUGUUAUAUUUAUAUUGUUAGAUUCGUCACAUAAGAUACCAGUAUUUUACAGACGGAUUUUUAUAAAGGAGAUUACAUUUUCAAAUUAGUUUUAUUUUAUUUUGCUCAGAAUCGUAUUGAUUUUUUCAUAUUGACAUUAAAAUGUCAAAUGAAUGACGAAACAUUUAAAUUCCUCGAAUGACAGAAUAACCGAUAAAACAAACCAGACAUGUAACAUCUGUCAUCUUUUACAGAGAAAAGUCCAGGUAUAUUUAUUGUAUAUCGUAUAAAAAAUCAGUUUUUUGUCUAAUUCUAAUAAUAGCAUUUACAUUUAGCCACAUUCAUCCCCGGUUCUUAUAAGUUUAUUGUUAUGUAUGCAACCACUAGUUUUAAGUUUUGUUAUUGUAUACUUGUCCAUAAAUUUUAUAGUUGCUCAAUUUGUGUUUAAUGAGAUCUUUGUGUGUACUGUGUUUUCCAUAUUUUAUAAAUAAAGUUUUUAUAAUAUUUUA